UCUUGGUAAUUCGGACACUUGAUAAUUCGGACAGCGCGGUAAUCCGGACACCAAAACGUUUUCUAUUGAAGUCUCUGUAAUCCGGACACCACGUAUUCAUGUACCUCUAAAAUUCGGACACUUCUUUAUUUUCCAGUGAAUAUGCUGAAAUAAAAAGGAAUUCCGUUAUUUUUUAUUUUAUUUUAUAAAGGGGACUCCCCUGCUAACUACUUUGCGUGAAUAGUGCGUUUAAGUGCUCGUCAGGCUCCUAGUUCAUAUUCAUAAGCAUAUUUGCGUAACGUGUAGUUCAGUAGCUAAUUUCAAACAUUAACUCCAUAAUUUCUUUAACUGUGGACUGUAUAAAUUUAACUAUGGCACCAGCAGCUAAGAAAAAACAUACGUUUUUAACGAUAGACCAGAAAAAAGAAGUUCUUAAGAAACUAAGUGAAGGACAGUCAAUUCGACAGCUAGCUGUGCAAUACAAUGUAGGUAAAUCUACAAUUUCGGACAUAAAAUCAAGUGGAUUAAAGAUUGAUAGUUACAUUGCUAGAACAGAAUGUGGCCUUGGAAAGCAUAAAACUAUGCGACCUGCGGAGUUUGAAAAGAUGGAAGACCACUUGUAUAAAUGGUUUGUAAACGCAAGACGAAACAAUGCACCGAUUUCCUCGGAAAUCAUCAAAGAAAAGGCCAAACAAUUCUGUUCCCAAAUUUACGGACAAAGUGUGGAAUUUGUGGCUGGUAAUGGUUGGUUUAGUAAUUUUCGCUCCCGAUAUGGAAUUAAAUUCUUAAAAAUAUCUGGCGAAAAACUUUCCAAUGAUUCUACUGCUGUGCAACCCUUUAUUGAAAAAUUGCGAAAGAAAAUUGCAGGAAUGGGCAUUACGUAUGAUCAGGUUUAUAAUGCAGAUGAGAUUGCUUUGUUUUGGAGAAAACUUGCAGAAAAAAACCUUGCAUUGCAUAAUGAAAAAUCCGCACCCGGGCGCAAAAUUGGAAAAGAAAGAGUAACACUUCUAGUUUGCUGUAAUGCAACCGGAGAACAUAAACUUCCAUUAUUCAUGAUAGGGAAAGCCAAAAACCCCAGAGCGUUUAAAAAAGUAAACUUUCCGCUUGGGUACUCCCAUACCAAAAAUGCUUGGAUGACAGAGCAAAUCUUUAAAAAUUGGUUUGAAAACUCAUUCGUUAAAGAAGUAAAGCGUUACUUAAAGGAAAAGAAUUUACCAGCCAAAGCCAUUUUACUGCUAGACAAUGCAACUUGUCAUCCCCAAUCACUGUCGGAUGCCGAUAAGGACAUAUAUGUUAUGUUUUUGCCACCAAACUGCACGGCUCUUAUACAGCCAAUGGACCAAAAUGCUAUCCGAAUUUUAAAGACAAACUAUCGGAAGAGUUUUUUGUCUCUACUUUUGUCCAGCCCAACGAGCAAUCUCCCGGAAUCUUUAAAAAACUUUACAUUAAAAGAUGUGGCUUUUUUAUCGUCUAAUGCUUGGAAAAAUGUGGGUGAACGCGUGCUCAGAAAAUGUUUUAACAAAAUUCUUUAUGACGAAGAAUGGGACUCAGAUGAUGAUUUGCCUCUUGCGAUGCUACGGCCCAGCAGCUCAACUAAAAUAAUUGAUCUUCUUGUUGAAAUAUCCCCUGAUGUAUAUAAUGAUAACGAGAUUACUGAGUGGUUGAAUGACGACACUGAUUUCGAUAUCAACGAGAUUGAGGAAGAAGAUAACGAGAACAGCCGUCUUGACGAAAAUGAAAGUCAAGAUCGUAAAAUUUCGCACUCUCAAGCUAUUGUCGCGUUUGAUAGUUGUAUUAAAUAUGCAGAGGAACAGGAAUUUUCAUCCGGAGACAUUUUAAAACUUGUGAGUCUCAGAGAUAUUGCCUUCAGAAAGAGAAAUGAAACAAAAUUGCGGCAAACGAAUAUAUUGAAUUAUUUUACGGCCGAAUAAAAACUAAUAUAUGUACAUAUAACUCAUUGAAUAUUAAUCAAUUUAAGAUUAAAUAAAAGUUUAUUUCAUUUAA